GCCCACCAGGGGAAGCUCCCACCACUUUGGGAAGCAUUGAUUUACUACCGUAUAGUGUAUAAUAUAAAGUCACAGGGCAGAUGGCCUUUAUGAAGUAAUGUCCAUCUGACGAUAUUGGUUAUUAAUUUGCCAAUUUAUACCUAUACCUACCUUUAAACUGUAUCUCUGAUGCAUAACUAUUGACACUUCACAUAAAGAGCAUUUCAUUUCUGUACAAAGUAAGUUCCAGAUUACACAAAUUCAUGUAUGAGACAGAGAGACACAAAAAUGAAUGUGAGGAAUCACAAUAAAUGUAAAAAUCAGAUUCAAGUAAGAAACCCAUUAAUUUUCUCCAUAGACAAAUUGAUUUUCACCAAUGAAACAUAUCCACCCUGAGCUCGCAGUGAUGAUAUAUGCUUCUGUAGAAGCCACAAGGAGUGAUUUAUAGCUUAAUUCCCAGUGCAGAACUACAUUACCCAUAAUUCUGAAGAAUGUGCCACCAAUCAGAGAAGCUGGUGUUACCAUGAAAACAAAAUUGCUGUACUUAACUGACAUGAUAGUAAUGUCAAAUUCUAAAAAUAGACUUUGUUCUCAUUAGGACGCGAACUAUAAACUUCAUCACAAUUCUCUGGUAAAUUCAUUAAAUUGUUUCUCCUAGCCUGUUAUUUUCAUUGUAAUCCCCUCUAAGAAAACACGAAAGGUCAGAAAUAAAUGUUAAAACAAUAAAAUGCUACAUUGAAUUGUAUUUCAUUUAUUUUGCAAGUUGAUGAUACUCCCAUCAUUGUCUCUGCGCUCAACUUCUCCCAGCCGCCGCUCUGGGUUGGAUUACUUUCGCCUGCUCGUCUUGUUUUCAUGAAAUGAACGGACGUAAGAGCGGCUAGCUGCCCACUGCACGGCUCUGUCACUACAAGGAGAGGAGAACCUCCUGUCCAGCACCGCAACAUCAUGGACGCCUGUGCACGGAUCAGAGGGGUCCCGUUAAAGAGCCGUGCCACCAUGAAGAAAGAGACUAUCCGUGAGGGCUCAAACCCGGGCCUGAAGAGCCUGUUGAAACACAAGAAGGAGCUCUGCAAUGUGGUAGUGGAGCUGCAUAAUAAAGAUCCCCAGUCUCUAUCAGAACAUAACACCAGAAACCCAAAAAUGACUAUAAAAAGACAAGAACAACUUUGCAGCUCAAAUAAUACACAUUUCAACAGAAGAAUGAAGGUACAUUAUGUAUGCUUACCUAGUCAUGCUGAGGGGGAAGAUUUUACUCUACAGGCUCUGACGUCGCUCUCCACUGAGAUGAUGGAGUUGCUUAGAUCACUACAUGUACACACCCUUAAAGAUGAAGAGAUUCUGCUCCUCAAAGACCCCAAAAGGCCCUUUGAGAGAAAAGAGAGUGCCUGUUCAAGAGCUUUGUGCAUAUUGAGACAUAGCCCCACUCCUCAGAUUAGUGUUUGCAGCAUGCUGGGGUUGUUGGCUCGAUACGCAUCUGGGAUAAGGUAUGCACUGGAGUUACAGGUUCUGCAGAGGGGCGCUUCAGAAGCAUGCCAAGCUGAGGAUGAUGACACCAAUCAAUCUGUCUCUUCUAUCGAAGAGGACUUUGUUACUGCUUUUGAGCAUCUUGAAGAGGAGGAUACAGGUGGCCGUAGUCAGAGGAACCAAAGGGAUGUGGCGUCCCAGACUGUCCCCUCUCAUUUAAGAGACUUAUCUGGAUCUCGCAUUAUUAUAAGUUCCAUACCGAGGAAGUCAGUGCACAAGGAAAAGGCUGCUGCAAAAGUGUCAGAAACUGUCCUGAAGUCAACAACGUGGCCCACAAGUUCAGAGAGCUCAUAUGCACUUAGCAGUCUUCCAAAGGGAUGCGCUACUUCCACAUCCCUCACAGAGUCAGAUGAGUCAGACUGCUCAAGUCCCAGCCCUAUUAUAUUCCUGGAUGAAGUUGGAUAUCAGAAGAGUCUUAAAGCAAAACUUGACAUUCCCAAGAUCCCUGUUUUAAAGGACGGAGUAGAAGAUUCUGACUCGGAAGUGAGUGAAUUUUUCGACAGCUUUGACCAGUUUGAUGAACUAGACCAGUCUUUUGAUUCCAACAUCAAGGUCCUUAAAGAACAGCCCCUCCCUGGUCAAACAGAGAAGCUUGUUGAUAACUCUGGUUGUAAAUUUGUAUCAAGGGGGUGCUCGACCACAGCAAUGAACCCUCACAAAUUUGAUCAUAGGACUCUUCCAGCCAAUGUCAAGAAACCAACUCCACUUAAACCAGGAUCACCGUACAGUAUUCACUCUGAUUCACCAGAUUCCCCACGGCCUGUGAGGACUCCCUGCGAGGAAAGCGGGCCGCUCUUCAGUCCAGUUAGUUCAUCUGCAUUUAGCCCACUGGGAGAAGGAGGAUCCUUAGAGUAUUUUUGGAAGGCAGAUGGAGAUGGCUCAGAAUUGCGUAAACCACAGGACCUUUGCUCGCUGUACAAAACGUACUCAGAUUUUGCCAACAACCUGUCAAAAGAAAUCCUUGGAUCAGUCUGUGGGUACUCCUCCCCUGUUGAUUUUAACAUUAAUAAGAACUUGAGCUGCGUGUGUCAUAAGGAGUUCAAAAACACUAAUGGGCAUCUAAUGAAGCUUUCAGACAUCCAGGAGACAGUCACCAUCACCAAAUCCCAAUCACAGUCUCUUAAGGAUGGGAUUCAGAAGUUUGCUACAGACUUGGUUGAAAUGAGCCUUGGAAGUGCCUUAAGGGACUUGCAGAAAGGUGUGUCCUCCUGUACCACUACUCUUUGCCAUUUGGCUGCAAGACUGACUUCUUCAGUAUUUCAAAUGGCCUUUCAUGAGAUAGGUAUGCGCCAUGCAUUUGUGUUAAAAGAGCGUGCCAUAAACGGUCUAGCCAGUUUCCUAGUAGGGGAAGCCAUUUCUGGAGCCCUCAAAGAGUUCCUCUUUGUGAAAAAGCAGAUUUUCAACAAUACCGUCACACGAUUUGCUGCAGAUCUGGCUGAGGAGUUAGUGUUUGAAGGUAUUAUGGAGGUUUGCCAGUUUUCACAUCCCUCAACUCCACUCACACCAAGUGACUGGUCAUUUGAGCAAGAGGAGGAAGUGGUUUCGUCCUAUGCCUCUGACCUGUCGGAGUCUGUUCUCCAAGAGGCUUUUAUAGAGCUCUCACAAGCUGAUGUGACUUUCACUACACAGGCAGCUAUUUGUGUGUCAGUUGACAACAUUUGUUAUGUGAGUGCUGAAGAUAGUUCUCUCAUCACAAAAACUUGCAGUGCCCAAACAAGCUAUCUUGGAUCUCAGGUCGUCGCAGAGGCUGCAAAUCAAGAGCAGGAUGGUUGCACAGUGAAGAAAGCCUUGUAUUGUGUGUCCGGUAUGGCCAGUUGUGUUCCAGUUCCUGUGGCUGGCAAGGUAAUAUCCCAUGUGCACAACUCAGAUGAGCCUUCUCAGUAUAAAUCCAGUAUUGGUCACGUAUGUCAGACCAGUCCUAAAAGAACCAUUUGUUGCCAAGUGGAAGUGGCAUCCUCAACCUUAGAUACCUCUGAAGCAACUCUCACCGAAUCAUCACCAGGUCCUGCAAGAAUCCAGGAUGCCAGUGGUGAGGAAAUUGUUGGCAAUCCAUCGGUUGAAAAUGAUUCCAACAAACCCUCCAUUGGAAAGACGUUUCAAAACUUCUCCGGGAAUAUGGUGGACACAAUAGUAGGGGAGGCAUUCGAUCUGAUGCAUUCUUCAACAAAAGUGAAGAAGAAAGUGGAGGAUUGUGCAGACUUUUUGAGCAAAACAAUAGCAGCUCACAUAUCCACUCCAAGCCAUGGAAUUGUUAAAUCACACGAAGCAUCGACUCCCUCUCAGAUUCCCUUUCACUUGGUGUCAAAGGGCUCUUGUGACCCAUCCUCCAGAAAUGUACGUCCAGUCUCCAAGCUCACCCCAGAGGUCCGUUCUGUCGUGAGAAUGGACACAUUGGAAGUGCCCACUUUUGAAGUUGCCUCAUGUGGAGGUAGAAAAGUUGGUGCAGAUGAUUUUUCAAGCAGCAACUCUGGAACAAAAUCGACUGAAAUCCCUAGCACUCCACCCUCAAGUCCUCAGCAGCCAUCGGACGAGUACAGCGAGAAACAGAUCAGACAGUUCUCGAAGAAGCUCAAAGGUACACUCGCAAAAGAAUUUUCUCCUGCAACUCCUCCACCCACUCCUUAUUACCCGCCUGCCGCCGACACCAAAGAAGAAGGUUCGGUUUCAGACAAGGCCGAUUUCAUGCUGAAACUCAUUAGGUCUCUCUCUGAAGAAGCUGGCAGCAAUGAAGAUGAGGAGGAAGACCAGGAAGAUGGUCCUCACUCUAGAAACUGCCAGGCAGAGCUGAGUCCCAACAUCAGGAGCAGAAUGAUCGAGAGGAGUGCGCUCCAUUAUGCAGAGCGUUUAGCGUGCCACAUUGUUUCAAUGGCCACUGAGAUGGACACGCUAAGCCUCGGAGAUGUGAAGAAGCUGGUGGGUGACGAAAGCAAAGGCAGUGUCGCCUUGCAUAGUGCACAGUUCUCAGAGCAGACUUUAAAUUCUUUGUGGACGUAUGCUGGAGAAGUGGCUGGAGAAGUCAUCAAUGAUGUCAAGAAGAUGAUGAGUUCUAGCCACUGUCGUCACAAAACGCUAAAAAGAGGAUCUGUAAACUCUGCAGAGAAACGUCAGAGCGGAGACGGCCUUUUGGGAAGUUUGACUUGUCAGUGGCCUGGUGAUGGCAGUUCAAGUGGGAUGUCGUCAGAGUAUCCAAGUUGCGAGAGUGUCACUGACGAGUAUGCAGGAUACCUCAUUAAGGUGCUCAAGAAAGAGGGAGGCAACCGAGAGCUUAUAUUAGAUCAGUACGCCACUCGCUUGGCGUAUCGAUCUAUUAAAUCUGGCCUGGCUCAUGCGGCACGAAAAAUAAAGCAGAGAUCUCCUUUGAGGCUUCACUCUUCUAGGCGUUUGCACAAUGAUCGUAGUCCUGAUGUUUCCCAGUUUCCCACAUCUAAGUCAUCCCACGCUGCACUUAUUGAUGGAAAAGAUGGAUCAUCUUGUGAAUCCCUGCCAUGUGCUUGUCAAGACGGUCAAGACAUGAGCAGUAAUGAAUAUGUAGAACUUGUGAACUUUGCCGAGUCGCUGGCCUACAACAUUACAUGUGAUGUUACAAGAAAGCUGAGAAUGAGCUCUGUUAGACUGCCAAAAUCGCUCACUGAUUCUUGCCUCUACAGGAAAUCCACUGUCAAGGACAUGCCAGAAAAUCUCAUCAAAAAUACGUUUUCAUGCUCUCUUCUACCUUAUACAGAAACUAACAGGCUCUACCAUAGUACCAGCAGCUUGAAUGAUGGCAAAAGCAACAAUGGUGUAAUACAAGUCAUUGAACAUUAUGCCAGGAAAAUUGUCGAUGACACUUUGGAAAUGACGCUGGGGCCGGCAAGUGUUCAGGAAGCGGCGGACAGGAGGGCACUUGAACGCAAUUCCUUCACAGAAAAGCUGGCUGAGGCAUAUGAAGCUUGUCGAUACUGCCAAGGUCGAGAGUGCCUGUUUUGCAGUAGAGACGGCCAUCGUGGUUUCCAGGGAGUGAAAAUAAGAAGGCAACAAGAAUCAAAUGCAGUGACUGGACUGGAAAUUCCUAGAAUACACAUUGAUUUGGAAAAGAGAGCUGCUUUUGCUGAAGAAAUGGUUUCCAGUGCUAUUGAGAAAGCCAAAAAGGAACUUAGCUGCACCAGUCUGAAUGCAGACAGUGGGAUUGGCCAUGAUGGCGCAAGCUUUGCAGAAAGUCUCACCACAGAGAUUAUGACAUCCGCAUUGUCCAACGUCUGCCAAACCGUCAAUCUUGGUACCUCCAGAAGAGAAGGCGUCAAUGUAACGGAGUCAACGGUGAGUCAGCAGCUCAGUUUGAGUGUUGGUGAUGACAGUCUCGGUAGUUGGUCCAAUCUGAGUUUUGAAGAAGACCACCCAGAUGAGAGCAGCAGCUUUCACCAUCUUAGUGACAGCAGUAAUGGAAACAGCAGUAGCUGGAGCAGUCUGGGUUUAGAAGGCGAGGUUUAUGAAGAGCAUUUGUCCUUCUCUCCAUCAGACAGUGACGGCACUGAAGAGAAGGAAGCUGAGGCCAAAGAGGAUUCAGGCGGAGCGGUGCGAGUGGAGAGGGAACAUGGGCCGGCAGAAAGAGCUCUGCUGGUGGUCAGUACAGACGUCCAGGGUCGAGCUGUGGACCCCCAGUUGACGGCUGUGCUCCAGUGGAUUGCCGCCUCUAUCGCUGAUCUGUCUUUAAUGCAGCUGAGCCAGUUCUCAGCCCAGGAGCUGCAGCAGCUGCCAGCCGUGGCGCAGAGGCUGAGGGAGAGAGAGUUCAGGGUCGGCGACCUCCUGCAGGCUCUUCUGAGAUACUUUGAAGAACGUCGCACUGAGGAAGAGGUUGGGGACACAAGGAACGGCCACAAGAGCCUCUUCCAGUGGCUUCUGGAGCAAGCGUAAAUCACCGUCACACUGACACCUGUCAGCCACUAAACGUUUCCUGUCACUUUACAGUGAUCUGCAAUGUAUCUGCCAAACCUAGAGGCAUAGCCAGUGGAAUGUGUUUAUGUGUUGUGUAUUGCUUGUGCACCCGUGGCCACCCAGGGGGCGCCACAGAAACAACUGAAGUAAUCUAAGAGCCGUUCGUUCAAGUGUGUGUAUUGCAUGCCGUGACCGAGAGUACCUUUUGCUUGCUUUCACCUCUCUUUUUACUGUCACUUUGUUUUCUUUAAGAUUAGACUGCAUAUCAUGCUUUUGGCACGCCAUCACUGAUGCCUACCCGCUUUUUGCUUUCACACCCUGCCACAACACAAAAGACGGAUGGGUUUUAUGAGUUGGUUUCUUGUUAGGGAAUCCCCAUGGCUGCAGGAAAGCUUAUGUCAUCUCCAUACCUCUCCUUUGCGGUGAUGUUUGCACUUGUCGAAGGGACCAGCUAUGCGAUCCAGCAGCUCUCCAGGCCAACGUAAGGUAUUCCAUGAUUCAGAACACAUAAGAGAAUCACUUGGUAAUUAUUACAAACAACCCUGUUUCAGCACAUAUUUGGCAACAAUACUUGGAUACCGGGCGUGACGGUUUAAAAAUAACAUUUCACAGGUAAUUAGACACAGAUAGUUACUCUUGAAAGAAUACAUCAACAAUUAGUAACUUUUACAUUCCUCUCUUGUGACUCAAACAGUUAUUUUAGUGUGAUUGGCUAUUCAUAAUAGUUGAAAAUCAAUCGGUAUACCUGUAAUAUACUUUUCUAGAGUGUAAAAUUGAAUCGAGUUGCUGCAAUCAGACUUCUCAUGAUCCAAUGCCCAUAAAGAAUCAGACGUGUUUUAGUUCACCACAAAGUGAAGGGUCUUUGGUUGCCAAUUUACAGGAAAAAUGCAAACAUACUAUUAAACUUAGCUUAAAAAGCUAAACAUGCUAAACAUGUAAACCCCUUUGCCAAAUGAGGAAACCCGCAGUAAGCUAAUGAACGUUACCUACAGGGGACAUUUUUUUUUCUAAUUUCCUCCUGGUGUUGUCCACACAUUGGAGGUUACUGUGACGCACUGGUAGUGCAUUACUAAAUGAGGACACAUCUGCAGUGAGUAUAUCUGAAUUGUGACGCACUGGUAGUGCAUUACUAAAUGAUUGCGAGAUAGUCACCGUCUCUUCAGUCUCUUCCACGCAAACAUCUUACUCACUGCCUGACCUUUAGUGUGCACUACACUGAAUAUUGCACUUUACUGAGGAAUGGUCAGACAGGCCGUUCCCUAUAUCUUUGUUUAGAUUUUAAAAAACACUCUUAUUAUAGCUAAGCAUAAAAGACAGAUUGCUGACAUCUAGUAGCUGAUUGGCACGUCAAACUUAUCAAGCCCUAAGGGACCAGUGUCCUAUAUUGAAAGUAUUUUGUGGUUGAUAAAGACAAACUAAAUAUAUUAUAUGGCUUCAGAAAUCUUAUAUAUGGAAGCCUGUUUCCACCACUGAAUAAAAAAAUUAAAAAAAGUAAUUGCAAGGUUUUUAAUCUCAGAAUUCUGACUUUUUUCUCAAUUUUGAGUUUACAUCUCGCAAUUCUGAGAAUUCUCAGAAUUGCAUAAAUACAAACUCGCAAUUUUGACUUUUUUCUUAGAAUUGUAAAAUAUAAAUGUGCAAGUGCGAGUUAUGAAGUCAGAAUUGUGAGAUAUAAACUCGCAAUUGCGAGAAAUGAAGUCAGAAUUGCGAGGUAUAAACUUGUAAUUCUGAGAAAUUAAGUCAGAAUUGUAAGACAUAAACUCGCAAUUGCGAGUUAUAAAGUCAGAAUUGCGAGAUAAAAACUCGCAAUUCUGAGUUUAUAUCUCGCAAUUCUGACUUUUCGCAGUUCGCAAUUUAAAAUUUCCGAUUGCAGGUUAGAAAUUGUGAGUUAAAUUUUGAGGGGGGAAAAGACUGAUGUAUUCUCAGAACUGCAAGUUGAACUACAGUUGUGUGAUAUAGUCAGAAUUGCGAGAUAUAAACAAGAAAAAAUUACCUUUUUAUUUUUUUAUUCAGUGGUGAAAAUGGGCUACCAUGUAAGAAAAUUGAAGAAUCACUGAAGAAAAACUGCAUAUUUGUUUGGAACAGCAAUGAGAGUGAGUAAAUAAUGACAGAAGUUUGGGCGACCUGUUCCUUUAAGUGUUAUAUUUAUGAAGCUUCUGAGAUUUGUCUUACUCAGAUACAGUUACAGUGUGAUUCGAUGAUGAGAGAAAUGUUAUGGAGUCAAUCGUAGUUGUAAAGAUUGUUGUAUCUUGUGCUUUCUUUCCUGUAACACGCAUGACGCGCUUUCAGCCCAUGCUUCAUGUACUUCUCUUUACGUGUGCAUGGAUGUACUCUUCAGUGCUGAUUCAUGAUCUUGUGCAUGGUUUAAAUCUGGCCACUCUACCUGCUACUAUGAAAAAAAACAAAACAAAAAACGCAUUUCUGUAUUCAUGCUGUUGCAUAACAUCAGCGCUGCCAAAUACGUUUGGAUCUGCACUCAAACAGUAUUUGUUUACAUUCUUUUGAAAUGUUUUAAAACCUGCCAUACACUGUGUCGGACAUUUGCAUAUGAUAGCAGUAUCACCUAAACCAUACUGUGGGAGAAGCGAAGAAAGCUAAAUGCUGUAUAUGAACAUUGACGCUUGAGUAGAUUUGAGGAGUUGGCUGAAGCACGCCGUGACCAUCAGCGAUGCCUCAUUUUCAGUGGGAUUGUAUAUGCAUCUGUGCUCUUGCAGUUAUUGUAAACAUUAAUGCUGUAGAUGUUCUGCCCUUGUGUUCUUAUUCCCCUUAUUUUUGUGUACAUUCCUAUCUUUCACAAAUGAUCUAUUGCUAUUUUGUGUUAAAAGUAAGGCUACAUGUAUAAUGCAGAAUACACGCCAUACUAAACAGAUGAAUAUUUUGUUACUUGUGCAGUGUUCCUCCAUCCUGUCUCAUAGUGUAGUGGGCACUGACUUCUCUAUUUUCUUCCUGCCCAUUUGUAUAAUAUUGCCAAAUAAGGUAUUUAAUAAUUUAUGUAAGUAUAAGUUGCAAUGGUGAAGACACUACUUGUCCCCCCAGUGAAGUUGCUGAGUAGUUUACACAUUAAAGCUUAAUGCACUACACCUGUACACUGUAAAAAGCUGUGGGUAAUAAAGCUUUUUCAUUUCAA